AUGCAUAACGUGAACACCGUGAAUAGAGACACGAAUGAAGAGACUAGAGAAAAGUACAGGGAAGUUAUUGGACUGAAUCUCUGCCCAGACUCACAUCUAUGCUAUGUCUGUUGUCAUAUCUUGAACAAAAUUGCAUUAUUCCGCUCAAUAUGUUUAAAACGAAGUCUGGAAUACCCAAUGUUGUUCAGCGAGAAGAGUGUGUUGAAUCUGCAAAUGAGCGAUAUGGAGCUGCAUAUACAGUGCCCAGAUGAGACAUGCCAAGGGAUUGACAGUGGGAAAUGCUACCAAAUAAACUAUGACACUGAAUGGAACAAUGAUGACAUUCUAUACAAUGAUGAGAACCAACAGUAUGUGAAACUGGAAGAAGAGAAUGAUUGUAAACAUCCUGAUGAUUUUACAUUGAACAUGGCCUCAGAUAAGGGGUGCUUGGGUCCAUUUGAUACGGAAGUUAAGACUGAAAAUAGAAUGGAAAAUACAUUGACAUUAAACCAAACAGAUGUGGGUGAUAUAGAAUACACUACUCUCCAGGAAUACGAUGAUGUGGAUGAUCAUCAGAAUGAUGUUAAUCAAUCACCAUACCAUAAUGAGACUGAUGAUAAAUUGGAAAUAACAGCUGAUGACCCUGAUGUGGGACAAAACGCUGCCGAUGGCGCUAUAGAGGUGGACAAAAAGAAGAACAAAUCGAGGACAAAGAAAAAGAGUUUCCAGAAGAUCAUGCUGAGCUUAGAUGAACAAAAGGCUGAGUUGGAAACAAAUAGAAGAGGGAAGAAGUAUGUGGAGGCGGAAUUCAAGUGCUACAACUGUGCUUUGGGGUUCUUAUUCAAGGAUACCUAUCAAGCACAUAUGAUGAGGCAUGAGGAGUCGAACGGCGAGCACCGCUGUACUUUGUGCACGCUGCGUUUCGCCUCGCCAUCGGUACUCCGCUCGCACGCGGCGCUCCACGCGGAGCGGCACCGGUGCUCGCUUUGCGGGCAGCUGGUGGGGCGGCGCUCCAGGCGGAGGCACGCGGCGCUCUGCCACGGCGCCUCCGCCCCCGAGGUGGCGUGCCACCUGUGCGCCGGCCUCUUCAGGGACUCGAGCGGCCUUCAGCAGCAUUUACGUCGAGUGCACAACCCCCGCGCCCCCCGCCCCUACCCGUGCGGCGUCUGCGGCGAGCAGUGCCGCGACCAGGCCGCCGUUAGGACCCACAUGCUGAAGCAUUUAAAGAAGAAAUUCGCGUGCGAUCGCUGUCCCGCGGUAUACAGCAGCCCGUACACGCUGAACAGGCACAAGAGGUCCCACGAGACAGCUGAGGAGAGGCACUUCUGCAGCUGCGGCCUCAGCUACGCCUCCAGGAAAGGCCUGCUCGCCCACAGGAGGAACAGCCUCGCCCACCAGCAGACCGUCUUCGAGUGCGCGAAAUGCUCCCGCGUAUUGCCCCACCGCCGCGCCUUAGAGGCCCAUGAGCGGAGGGCGCACUCAGAGGGGCGACGUGUGCACCCCAGCGCCCUCUGCAACAGGCCCCGCAAGCCUCCGGCGGAGCGCGUCUGCCAGUUAUGCGGCAAAAGAUUCAAGGGAAACAGCAAACUGAACCGGCAUCUGAAGGAAGUCUGCCAAAAAGCCAAGAUGGACGAGCUAAUAAAU